GGCUCCUCCCCACCCGUGUGCCGCGCGUGGGCGGGCGAUUCCGGAGGCCGCGUGGUGCGGGCCUUUGCCUGACCCCGAACCACUAAAGCAACAGGACAACUGAGAGGGGGCCAGGAACUCAGAACAAAAGCAGUGAGGGCCAGAUCCAGGGUGGAGGGUCUGAUGUCCGCCCCCUCCCCCAACCCUCGGUUUCUUGCAUUGCAUUUUGGCGAAUCUAUGACAUAGUUUCACGAAUGGUCUUCCGAGCAUCAACCCUUCCUCUUUAUGCACCCAAAGAAAGAAAGGAACAAAGUAUUGUGGGACAUUUUGAAGCAGCCUGGUAUCAGCUACUUGAAUAGUUUACUAUGGAACGUAACGUUCGAAAGGGAUUGUACCAGACUUUCAUUCUGAAUGCAUUCAAAGCUUGAAAGAGACUCGGCGUGCAAUUUGCUCUAUUUAACUUUAUCUUGCUGACAUGACUCGCUAUCCAAAAACUAAGCUGCUUUAAGCAGUUGUGCUAUCAGUUCUCAGUUGCACAGCCCCCACUGCUCGGUAAUUACGCAUCAGGCAGCAUGAAGAAAAGCUAAUCUCAAGAUAAAAAGAACUUAAUAGGGAGACAUUAAACAAUUUACCAGGCAAAAGAAGUACAUGAAAUGUGAUAAAGGCUUAUUAUAAGACAGUCACAAGGUGCUCGUGUGCAGUAGUCCUAGUGGCUUUUCUGUUCUGUUCUGAGACCCAGCAGCUGUCACCGGUGAGCUACUUGGAAGGCCGAUUUGGCGAGCUUGUAGGAGGAGCUUGAGACCUUCACGUCCCCUCCGACUCUCAGCUGGAAGGCAAGAUGGUUGAAGCAGAUCGCCCAGGAAAGCUCUUCAUUGGUGGGCUUAAUACAGAAACAAAUGAGAAAGCCCUUGAAGCAGUAUUUGGCAAGUAUGGACGAAUAGUGGAAAUACUUUUGAUGAAAGACCGGGAAACCAACAAAUCAAGAGGAUUUGCUUUUGUUACCUUCGAAAGCCCAGCAGAUGCUAAAGAUGCAGCUAGAGAUAUGAAUGGAAAGUCCUUGGAUGGAAAAGCCAUCAAGGUGGAGCAAGCUACCAAACCAUCUUUUGAAAGUGGCAGGCGUGGACCACCUCCACCUCCAAGAAGCAGGGGCCCUCCCAGAGGUCUUCGAGGAGGAAGUGGAGGAACUAGGGGACCCCCUUCACGUGGAGGAUACAUGGAUGAUGGUGGUUAUUCCAUGAACUUUAACAUGAGUUCUUCCAGGGGACCACUUCCAGUAAAGAGAGGACCACCACCACGAAGCGGGGGUCCCCCUCCUAAAAGAUCAACACCUUCCGGACCAGUUCGAAGCAGCAGUGGAAUGGGCGGAAGAACACCAGUGUCCCGUGGAAGAGAUAGCUACGGGGGUCCACCACGAAGGGAACCCCUGCCAUCUCGCAGAGAUGUUUAUUUGUCCCCAAGAGAUGAUGGAUAUUCUACAAAAGAUAGCUAUUCAAGCAGAGAUUACCCAAGCUCCCGAGACACCAGAGAUUAUGCACCGCCACCAAGAGAUUAUACUUACCGUGAUUACAGUCAUUCCAGUUCCCGUGAUGACUAUCCAUCAAGAGGCUACGGUGAUAGAGAUGGAUAUGGUCGGGAUCGUGACUAUUCAGAUCAUCCAAGUGGAGGUUCCUACAGAGAUUCAUAUGAGAGUUAUGGAAACUCACGCAGUGCACCCCCUACACGAGGGCCACCACCAUCUUAUGGAGGAAGCAGUCGCUAUGAUGAUUACAGCAGCUCACGUGAUGGCUACGGUGGAAGUCGAGACAGUUACUCAAGCAGCAGAAGUGAUCUCUACUCAAGUGGCCGUGAUCGAGUUGGCAGACAAGAACGAGGGCUUCCCCCUUCUAUGGAAAGGGGGUACCCUCCUCCACGUGAUUCCUACAGCAGUUCAAGCCGAGGAGCGCCAAGAGGAGGUGGCCGUGGAGGGAGCCGAUCUGAUAGAGGGGGAGGCAGAAGCAGAUAUUAGAAACAAAUAAGACUUUGGAUCAAGGUCUCCAUGCAAAGAAACAAAGGAUGGAAAGUCUUCUGUCAUAACUACCCAAGGACUACUAAAAGAAAAGUUGUGUUACCUUUUUAAAUUUUCUGUUUUAAGUUUCCCUUCAUUUUUGUGUUCUUGUGAAGAAAAAGUAAAACAUGAUUAAUUUUGAUAUUAUGAAUUGCUUUCAACAAGCAAAUGUUAAAUGUGUAAGACUUGACUUGUACUAGUGUUGUAAUUUUCCAAGUAAAAGUGUUCCUAAAGGCAA